ACAGCGUCACAUCCUCUUCCUUUUGCAGUUUUUAGGGGCCUACAAGAAACGAAAAGAAGGUGCAUCAGCAGAAGUAAAACCGAAGGGAUGCCUGCAGCAGAGAGCAACCAUGCCCAGCGUGUCCUGUCCUCCCUGAACCAGCAGAGGGCAGUAGGGAAGUUUUGUGAUGCAGUGUUGAAUGUGGGAGGUGGAGUGGUCUACCUGGCCCAUCGCAACAUCCUUGCCUGUUUCAGUGAACUGUUCCAACAGUCCAACAUGCCCGCUGCAACAUGCAUGGAGUUCUGCCUUCAGGAGUGCCCCAACGAUGGCCUGGAGCUGCUCCUGAACUAUGUCUACACCGGAGAGCUGAAGUUGGAUCCUGACAACCUGGACAAGGUGCAGCAUGCAGCGGCCAGCCUGUGUGUACCAGAAGCUCUUGCGCUCUGUCAGCAGUUCAAGGAAACCUCCGAGGAUCCUGUUCCUUUCAAGCGUAAAAGAGGAAGACCUAGAAAGUCUACAUCAGAUACAACUCCUUGUUCAGUCAAGGAAGAACAUUUGCAUACAAUCGCAAAAGAUGAGUCCAGCUUUGACACUGCCACAGCCAAUGUUAGCACGGCUGCCGCCACCACCACCACCACCACCCGCUCCGGUCGUGUAGUGAAGGGCCCCAGGCGACUGGUGACUGAUGGGAGCCCCAUCACUGAUCUUACAGCCUCUGAAAAAUCCAUCAAGAGGCCUCCACUUAUUCCCACGGAGAGAGAAAGUGGGGAUGUUGUGGAGAACCAAAGCUCAGAUCAGCCAACUGGUGAACCUGAGGUAACAGAGCUGCAGAUUGACGAAAAUGAUAAUGGUGUUGGCCAUGUAAUAGGAGAAGUAGAAGAAGAAGAUGAUGAUGUGGGGGAUUUUGAAGGCAUCACUGAAGACACAGAUGAGGAGUACGUGCCCAUUGCCGAGCCCAGUUCCAUAGCCCCAUCAACAUCAACAGCACGGAAGCGCAAGGCCCUGUCUAAAACAGACAAAAACGAGAACGGCGAAGCCGUGGAAGAAGACUCAAAGAAAGACUCUGUGCAGUGUCCCAUCUGUGGCAAAUCCUUCAAGAGCAAAUACUACCUCAAAGUCCACAACAGGCGGCAUACAGGGGAGAGGCCCUUUGGUUGCCUUAAAUGUGGAAAGAGGUACUUCAGGAAGGAGAAUCUUUUGAUACAUGAGAUCAGAGACUGUGCUAGAGUACCGACGUACACCUGCCCGACAUGCUCCUCAACAUUUAAUGGAAAAGAAGAGCUCCGUUUGCACAUUGUCUCCCACACAGGAGAUAUGCCCCACAAGUGUUCAACAUGUCCUGAACAGUUUAUUCACAAGAAAAGCUUGACAAUUCACAUGAUGAAGGUCCAUGGUUAUCCCAAACCACAUGCAUGUCCCCAGUGCCCCAAAACCUUCCUAACUCGGACAGAGCUACGAGUGCACGAAGCGGCCAAACAUCGAGGCGAGAAGCCGUUUGUGUGUGAGGAGUGUGGCCAUCGAGCAUCUAGUCGAAACGGCCUGCAGAUGCAUAUCAAAGCUAUUCACAGAAAUGAACGGCCUUUUGUGUGUAACAUAUGUGGCCAUGCAUUCUCCCAGAAGAACAACCUAAACAUGCAUCUGCGUAUACACAGUGGGGAGAGGCCAUACCAAUGCCAUCUCUGUGGCAAAACCUUCAGGACGCAAGCCAGUCUAGAUAAACACAACCGGACACACACUGGCGAGCGUCCUUUUAGCUGUGAUGUUUGCGAGCAGCGCUUCACAGAGAAAGGUGCCCUCGUCCGGCACAAGGCCAGCAAGCACGAGGAAGGCCGUCCCCACUGUUGUCACAUAUGUGGCAAAACGUUCAAAGCGAGGGAGCAACUUCGUGUUCAUCUGCGUCGCCAUAAGGGCAUGAGGAAGUUCGAGUGUAUAGACUGCGGCUACAAGUUCACCCGGCAGGCACACUUGCGACGACACAUUCAAAUCCACAAACGCACUGAGAACUACAACCCCCGGCAGAGAAAACUGAGGAACGUGAUAGUGCAGGAUGUGGACCGAAGUCCUGGAGAGACCGAGACCACUGAAGCGGUGGAAGGCUCGCUGAUCGGGGAGGAGACAGAUUACGUCUCAGAGUCCGCCGACAUCCAGGAAUCCACAAACCCACAGCCCGACUCCGGGACAGGCCUCACUUCUAGCUGCAUAGUGAGGGUGGUGAUCGAGCCGAGUGAGGCGGUCAUGGAGGAGGUGGUGUCCAACCAGAACCUGGGUCACGCCGAGGCAGCCGAGAGUUUCUCCGUGCCAGAAGUCUUACAGCAAACGCAGCUGGUCACUGAGGCGUACGAGUCCUCGAUGGAUAUGGAGGGAAUCGUUGAGAAUUUAUCAGAGAGUAAGACUUGAGGACUGCAAGACCCACUCAGAGCUCACUCGAACCUAAAUGAGAAGCACUUAAAUGUGACAUGAGGGAUUAUGAGGAACACCCUUUAAACAUCUGGUCUCACAGAUUCCAAGAUAAAGAAACAGCAAAGUCACUGUUGAGUGUGUACACCUGCAAGAGAAGAGCAGCCAUAUUUCUCAUGCUUUUAGUAGUUGACACAGUAAUGAACUGCAUGCUUGUGAAGGCUGCUUGAAUAUGAAAUAAUGCUUGUUUUUUGUUGAGUCACUUUUUAUCAAUGUGCUUGCUUGGACUUGCUUGGAAAACCAGUAAUAAGUUAUCCUCACUAAAGGUAUUAAAGGAAUAGUUUGACGUUU